AUGUCGAAAAAAGAAGAACCGAAGAGGCAACCUAUACCGCCAACAAUUAAUUUUUUGCUGGGUGGUCUUUCUGGAAUGGCAGGUACUUGCGUGGUUCAUCCGAUGGACGUGAUCAAAAAUAGGAUGCAAGUGCUCAAAGGGAAAGCAUCGAUCUUGAAUGUAAUUAGCACCACAUACAGCAAAGAGGGCAUUUUGAAAUUUUACAGUGGUUUAACAGCUGGUCUUGUCAGACAAGCAACUUACACGACCGUGCGACUCGGGACUUAUAAUCAGAUGCAAGAUUUUUGGAGACAAAGAUACGUCGGUUAUCCCAAUUUCGCGAUUCUGGCAUUAAUGGCUGGGUCCGCUGGUGCCGCGGGAGCUUUCGUUGGAACACCAGCCGAAGUAGCUCUCGUAAGAAUGACAAUAGAUGGCAGAUUACCAGUGGAGCAGCGAAGAAAUUACAAGCAUGUGUUUGACGCUUUUAUUAGAAUUGCUAGAGAAGAAGGAAUAUUCACUCUUUGGAGAGGAACUGUAGCCACGAUAGGAAGGGCUAUUGUCGUUAACAUAUCGCAAUUGGCUACUUACAGCCAAGUGAAGCAUAUGAUUUCAUCACGAUUCAAUAUUAAAGAAGGCAUAGGCUUGCACUUUUGUGCAUCAAUGAUAUCGGGAUUUAUCACUGCUUUUAAUUCCAUGCCUUUUGACAUUGCCAAGACCAGAAUACAAAAUCUAAAAAUCAUUGGAAAACCUCCAGGUAUGAUCUCAGUUAUGGUAUCAAUAGUGAAAAAUGAGGGACUAAGAUUUCUUUGGAAAGGUUUUUGGCCAACUUACUGCAGGAUCGGUCCGCACACGGUACUAACUCUCGUUAUCAAUGAGCAACUGAUGCGUUUAUAUAGAAUAUAUUGUGCAAUUAAAGGAAACCAAUUAACACUGAUAUAG